AUGGCCAAAGGAGCUGCUCGGGUGAUCUAUUGGUUCCGGACAGACCUUCGACUACACGAUUCUCCAGCCUUACAAGCGGCCCUUGAUCUCAAGCUCGAAGUCCUCUUCCCCAUCUGGUGUUGGGAUAGCCACUAUGUCUACCGGGCGAGAGUUGGCGUGAAUCGAUUCCAGUUCUUGAUCGACUGUCAAAAUGAUUUGUCUGAAAGCAUCACGAAGCUCAACAACAAGAGCAAGUUGUUCGUUAUGCGGGAGCCUGCGGUAACGUUACUACCCAAGCUCUUCAAAACCUGGAAAAUCACCCACCUCGUCUUCGAAAAGGACACAGACGCCUAUGCCCGGGAUCGAGACAACCAAGUCAUGGAAAUGGCGAAGCAAGCCGGCGUCGAAGUCAUCGUCAAGUCAGGCAGAACUCUCUGGGACAGCGAUGAGCUCGUCAAAGCGAAUGGAGGAAAACCCACAAUGAGCAGCACGCAACUCCAAGCCGCGGGUGCGAAGGCAGGAGAGAUUGCGAGACCCAUCGAUGCCCCAAAGAGAAUUCCCGAUCCUGGCGAUAUGGACCUCAACAUCGAGCAGACGAAACCCAAGCCCGAGCCGGAUUUCAACGCCAAGUAUCGCGACAGCGAAGAGGCCUCCUACAGUUCCGGCAUCGCGGGUCCGAAGGGCGAUUACUCACCCCCGACGAUCGAAGAACUCGGCAUGCCAGCCGCAACGACACCGCAUAAAGGGGGCGAGACGGUCGUGCUCAAGAUGCUCGAGGAGAUUCUGGCGGAUGAGGAGUACACGGGGACGUUUGAGAAGCCCAAGACGUCGCCGGCUGCGUUUGAGCCGCAGAGUACGUGUUUAACGUCGCCGUAUUUGCAUUUUGGGGCGUUGAGUUGUCGUUAUUUCUAUCACAAAGUCCAGGAUAUCGUCGACAAGCGCAAGAAGGAGAAGCAGAGUGUUUCCAAAAUGCCUGAAAGUUUGAACGGACAAUUGGCAUUUAGGGACAUGUAUUUUUCUGCGCAGGCGGCGCUGGGAUGGAGUUUCGCUCAGACAUACAACAACUCCCACUGCCGCUUCAUCCCCUGGCACCUCCCCAGCAAAAUCAACACCUCCAACAACCUGAUCACAGGCAGCUACGAGGUCGACGAUCCGGAAAAAGACGCCUGGCUCCACCGCUGGACGCACGGUACCACCGGCUUCCCCUGGAUCGACGCCAUCAUGCGGCAACUCCGGCAGGAAGGCUGGAUCCACCACUUAGCACGCCACUCAGUCGCCUGCUUCCUCACGCGAGGGGGCGCGUACAUCUCAUGGGAGCGCGGCGCGGAGGUCUUCGAGGAGUUGCUCAUUGAUCAUGAGACGGCGUGCAACGUGGGCAAUUGGCAGUGGCUGAGCUGCACGGCGUUUUAUGCGCAGUUUUAUCGGUGUUAUAGCCCCGUGGCGUUUGGGAAGAAGUGGGAUCCGGAGGGGAGGUUUGUGAGGAGGUAUGUGCCGGAGUUGAAGGAUCUGCCGGCGAGAUAUAUCUAUGAACCGCAUAAAGCGCCUAUUGCGGAUCAGAAAGCCGCUGGGGUGCAAAUCACUGGGGAUGGUAGCUCCUCCGCGACCUCGUCUUCUUCUUCCGGAUUGAAAACCUACCCGAAACCCAUGUUUGACUUCAACACGCAACGCGAGAUUUGUAUCCAGGGCAUGAAGAACGCGUAUCGUGUCGGCAUGCACGGCAAUGAUCCGAGGGUGUUGGACGGGUCGUGGAAGAAGGCUUUCGACGAUGAUGCUGAGGGGCCUACGGAGGGGGUGAAAGGGGGCCCUGGGGGGCUGGAGACGUGGGACGAUGUAGAGGAGGGUGGGGAGGAGGAUGAUGGUCCUGUUGAUGAGUUGAAGACGCCGAAGGGGAAGGGGAAGGGUAGUGGUAAGGGGCAGGCGAGUUCGAAGGGUGGGAAGAAGGGUCACAAAAGGGAGCAUAGUCAGAGUACGCUCGAUGGGGCUUUUGAGAAGAAGAGAGCGAAGGGAUGA